AUGGUGUCGGAUGCCACGGAAAAAGCUGCGGAUAAAAAGCGCUACGCGCCACGUAAAGCCAAGCUGUACGACUCCGAGAAAUUAUACCAGUACAAAGUCCCCGAUUUCUCGAUGCAGGAUCUGCUCUCUGCGAUUCCAGCACAUUGCUUUCAUCGCUCAACGCUCUUUUCCUCCAUGUAUAUGUUAGUUGACUUUCUUCAGGCUGCGCUGCUAUUUUACUGUGCUUCCUGGAUCGAUCCGCUCACUGAAAAUUUGCAGUGGUCCCUGCUAUCUCUUUCUCCAGAAACGUCCCGUUCUUUCCUCCGCAUUGGCCUAUGGAGUGUGUAUGGUUUCAUGCAGGGUCUGGUUUUUACUGGUUUCUGGGUCAUUGCGCACGAAUGUGGUCACCAGGCAUUUAGUCCUAGCAAGAAUGUGAACAACACAGUUGGCUGGAUCCUUCAUUCCGCGCUGCUCGUGCCGUACCAUUCGUGGCGUAUUUCGCAUGCUCGGCACCAUGCAGGAACGGGACACAUGACACGCGAUGAAGUUUUCGUUCCGUCCACGCGUGAAGAGCGUGGUCUGCUUCCGCUGCAUCCUGCGAAUGAUGACAGUCCUGUUGAAACGAAAAAUACGACUUGGGGCGAAUGGAUAGGAGAGUUGCUUGAGGAUGCACCGCUGUUCAACUUAAUAGAGCUGCUGAUCCAGCAGCUGCUUGGCUGGCAGCUUUAUCUUCUGACGAAUCUGUCUGGUCAAAAGCAUUAUCCCAAGUACACGAAUCACUUCCUGCCUAGCUCAGUGAUCUUUGCGAAGCACCAUCGUGACCAAGUUCUUGUGUCAGAUCUUGGCAUUGCGCUUAUGUCUUGUUUGUUAUGCUUCUGGGCCCAUAAGGCCACCAACGGCUGGUUCGAUGUGUUCCGUUAUUACAUCGUGCCGUACAUGUGGACGAACCACUGGCUUGUGAUGAUCACGUAUCUUCAGCAUACGGAUAUCAGGUUGCCACAUUACCAUGCUUCCAUGUGGACGUUUCCUCGAGGCGCAUUGUGCACCAUCGAUCGCAACUGGCUUGGUUUCGUUGGCCCAUGGUUCUUCCACGGCAUUGCCGAGACACACGUUUUGCACCACGUGUGCAGCAAAAUUCCCCAUUACCAUGCAUGGGAAGCCACAGAGGCACUCAAGGCCCGUAUUGGUCCACACUAUAUGAAGUCUACAGAAAAUGUGUUUGUGACGCUUUGGAAGACGAUACGGAACUGCCGCUAUGUUGAAAAGGAGCCGGUGACAUUCUACCGUAAUGCUGAUGGUGUGCCUGGUAGUGUAGCUGUGUACUCAGCUGGUACCGAUUCUGGUGUAGCUCUUUCCGAGUAG